GAGUCCACGUGUCUGUGUGCGAGCGCACGUGAGUUCACGGAACAGUACAGGUGCUGUUACUUACUACACUGUAGUCUGUAGUGCAGCACUGAGUUAUGUGCACGGACAGUCGAGUGACCUGGUGACAGAGAACGCAAAGUAAGAAAAGAAGUCGUUCAUUUCCCCUCCACUGGCACUAUCCGGUCCCUGGCCUCAGCAAGCACGGAUCGCGAACUACGUGAGCAGUUGAGCGUCUAGUCUCUCUACUCUAUAGUCUAUCUGCCCACCGACCAGCUAGAGUAGGAACAGUGCGAAAUCUACAGAGACUACAGAGAAUCUACUAUAGAGAGAGUCCGGAUUGCAGGCUUGCCUUCCGUGUGACAGUAGCUAGUUGUGAGCAAGCAACGACGUGCACUCGCUGUGCGCAGCAGUGCUGCACGUGUUGGGUUCUCACGCACAGCUCACAGGCGAGAGAGUAAAAUGUUCACGUCCUCCACUAGUGCUUGGUCCUUUCUAGCCGUCAGCAAUGACAGCAUGUUGCAUUCUGUCGUGCAUGGUGUGCAUGAAGUUUAGACGCUGACUGAUCAUCAGCAGUUGAAGCAGAGACGGCGGAGGACAAAUGGAGACAAAAAGACGUUUUGCUGCGUACUGCAUUGCCUUCGUAUUGCUGAUCAUAAUAGCCCUGUGGAGCAGUGGUAAUCAGAUGAUAAAGGCCAAAGGCCUCGUCUAUGAUGCAGAUCUACCUCUUGCAAAACGAGCAUUGUUCGCAUAUGGCCCGACCGCUAGCCGACCUCUCCAGGACGAUACUCGCACACUACCGGUAGAUCUGCCACAAGGACUAGGGGCAGCAAUCAAGGCGGUUACGGCAUCAGCCAAGGCCAAGAGAAACGCAGUCCGAAGACUGACGACAGUGCUGACGCCGCCUACGAGUAAGAGCACUUCAUGGAGACGAUUACCCAUGAUUGGUGACGUCAUGAAGAGCACCAGUACAGGCAGGGAUGCUGGCACCAUUAGUAUCACUAGCGACAAUGCCAAUCGUGACCAUGGUAGUAGUAAUAUCACAGAGACUGUGCACAUGGACAUGGAGAAUGAGUCCUUUGGGAACAUCAUUGCUAACAUUUCUGGCAGAUACAGACCGCCUUGCGACAAUCGAUCGGGGAAAGCCAGCUACAGUACCAUGGGAUUCAGGCCUGGUCGGGUGCAGUUUGUUGGCAACCCCAAGACGCUUGCAGACCUGCCCAAGAUUAGCAUCGAUCGGCCGCUUCCUCCGCCCAGGGGCAAGUAUCCGAAGAGUGCCACACACCCGUGCGUCAAGCCGGUGUUCAUACGACGGCCGGCGCAGCCAAGCGUGGCGCUCGUCAGCCUCCCGGGCAGCGGCAACACGUGGAUGCGCUUUCUGCUGGAGCAGUCGACGGGCAUCUACACAGGUAGUGUGUACUACGACAAUAAGCUGUACCUUGCCGGUCUGCUCGGCGAGAAUGUGACCUUACCAGCCGUCUCGGUUGUCAAGUAUCAUACCGGAUCAACCAGCUCCCAUCCCUGGUACUGUCCCGACUCUCACAAUAUUGGUGCAGCCGUGCUGCUGGUUAGGAAUCCGUAUUAUGCAACGCUCAGCGAAUACAACAGGAAGUUGACGGGCAGUCAUGUCAAGGCCGCCAAGGCGAACGUCAUAAAGUUAGAUUUUGAACACUGGUCUAAGUUCUUCAGAGGCAUGGUCUACCGAUUCCUGGACUUGAUGAAGACCUGGGCACUACGUCGCCAUCCCAUCCACCUAGUCUUCUACGAAGACCUAGUCGCGAACACACGGACAGAGCUGGAAAGCGUCUUGCACUUUCUGCAGCUACCCACCAAUACGACACUGCUAGACUGUGUGCUAAAGAACAGGAAGGGCCCAUUCCGGCGGAAACACCAAGUGGACGAGCUUGGAGGCAAGGCCGGCAGAGCAAGGCUACAACCCGAAAUGGUGAAGACCAUGGACUGUGCAUUGCAGCAGGUGGACAAGUUCUUACCCGGCAUCUAUUGGCGCUAUGCUCGCAGCACUACGCCACCGAACUGCAACUCAUGAACUGGUUACAUAAUAUCAUGUAUAACAAAAGCUUGCAGACAGGUUCUUUUUUUCAAGUUGCAUGCCAUCGGCAAUGUUGGAGUUGCCGAGGCUUGAGAAGCUUGAGGAUAGAUGUGCGUAUUAAUCUUCAGAGGACACUUUGUGCCACCACAUUUACUCAAACAGCCGCCCACCCGUACAGACCUAUGAAACACUCAGAAAUCAACCUGCCAUAUUUCACACACACGCACGCACGCAUGCACACACACGCACGCAUGCACGCACACCCGAGUUAUUCUGUUAUCGUGUGCAAUAUUGUAGCAAAGACUGCUUUGACUGUGUGCCUAUAAUUCCCCAUGCCGACAUACAACUAACCAUACACACUUGAAGCAAAUUGCGGCAGCCGAGCUGAGCUUAUUUAUUGCUUUUACACAGGGAGUCGUUUUGGGUACGUGUCCCUGCUUUUACACGAAACCACACCUGUGUGGUGGGUGAAACUCAUUGGUUUGAGAAAGAGAAAAAAUAUUUUAUUACUCA